AUGGAAGGCAUCUUUCGGAAUUGUAAACACUUCAUGUUUAUCUCGGGGACUAGUAUGUUUUGUUUUUUCGGUGAUAUGACCUUCAACUCAAUCAAACGGUACGGCGUCAAGAUGUACUUUGGAGUUGUUAUCACUUUUUCGUUUGUGCUCGUUGAGAUAUAUGGGGGACGCCCAUCUAUAGCCCUUAUUUCAGCAACAAAGAACAAACCACAUCUUAUUUUUCAUUAUGUGAUCUUAGAAAAUGAAACUUUUAAAAACCCGAAUAUGGUGGCGAUAGCUGCUUUUGAAGAAAAAAUAAACACCACUGGUUGGUCGUCACUUACGGUGGCGACGUCGUUUAGCUUUCCUGACUAUCUACAAGCUUACUGGGCUGGGUUUUUGGAAACUAAUCUCACACUCAGUUUGACUGUCUCCCAUUGGAUAAACACUGUCAAAGAUAUGUGCCCGAUUCCACUUUCUAAAGACUGUAAAAUUUUACACGAGUACCUAUCAGAAAAUAUGGCUUAUAUGUUGAAUGAGGCAUAUAAACAUGGUGAACAUAGUCCUUUUUGGUAUCAAGUUGCUUUACAAUUAUGGCAGCUUAAGGGAAUGUCUGAUGCCUUUAAUAGAAAAUUCAUCGACAGAGCGGACUUGUUAAACCGUAGUCAUUUGAAUACAUUGAUUAACGAAGUAAUGGGGAUUUAUUUACUACAACUCAACGGGGAUCUUGGUGACUUAGUUAGUGCCUUAUCGGUUCUUACAUUAAAGAAAGGCAAAAACAAAAUGGGACACCCAUUUAUCGCUAGUCCAUCGUGUUCAGCACUAAUUAAAAUAGUUGAUAAUAAUGUCUAUUUAUCGCAUGUCACAUGGUCAACAUACAGUAUUAUGCUGCGUGUAUUGAAACAUUACAACUUUCCAUGGAAAACUGUCAAUCGUACAGAUUCUCAGAAAAUUCCUGGUUUUGCAAUAACAUUUUCUUCAUAUCCAACAUUUACCAGUUCAGUUGAUGAUUUCUACUUGACAAGUGCAAAUCUCACUAUUACCGAAACUACCAAUAAUGUAUAUAAUGAUUCAUUAUGGAAUAUUGUUCGAAAUGGUAGUAGAAAUUCUGUAUUCACAUUUAUACGUGGUAUGGUUGCCAGUCGCUUGGCCAAAACAGGGGACGAAUGGAUUGCAUAUUUCAAGUACAACAACAGUGGAACGUAUAAUAAUCAGUGGAUGAUAUUUGACGCUAAACGAUGGCCAAGAAAUAAAAGAUCUCUUAUGAUAGCUGAACAACUACCGGGAAUAGUGUCUAGUCUUGAUGUAACAAAAAUAUUGAAAAAUCAAGGUUAUUGGGCCAGUUAUAAUCUACCGUUUAUUGAUGACAUCUACAUACUCAGUGGAACAAAGAAUAUGGCCAAAAUGCAUGGAGACUGGUAUGUACAUAAUAUGACAUCGAGGGCCAAAAUUUUCCGACGUGAUCAUCACAAAGUUGUUGAUUUUCCAAGUAUGAUGUCGCUUAUGAGGUAUAAUGACUUCAUGAAUGAUCCAUUAUCUGCCUGUCCGUGUAAACCUCCGUACACAAGUAACAAAGCUAUAUCAGCACGAGAUGAGCUGAAUGAUCCGAAAGGACAGUAUCCAAUUCGUUCGUGGUCCUACCGCUUACAUGGAGGAACGGACGCUAAAGUUGUUGACUUAUCGAUGAUGAAUCAACUCAACAUGAUUGCAAUCAGUGGACCGACCUACGACAACUUGCCUCCAUUUCGCUGGUCCCUAAUUAAAGAUGUGACGAAACCUUUGAUGCACCCAGAUAAAUGGCAGUUCCCACCUGUGAUCACCAAAUUUAUCGAUUACCUAUCUACAAACGGCAAUAUUUCUGCUGGAUUCCUUUCCGUAGAAUCAUUGUUUUAG